AUGGACAAGACGAUGAACCAGCAGGAGUACGUGACAGUGAAAGGCGAGCGUUACGACACCAAGCGUCCGAAGGAUUCCGAAAUCCUCAAAGGCGAUGGCUCGUUCAUGGACAAGACGAUGAACCAGCAGGAGUACGUGACAGUCAAAGGCGAGCGUUACGACACCAAGCGUCCGAAGGAUUCUGAAAUCCUCAAAGGCGAUGGCUCGUUCAUGGACAAGACGAUGAACCAGCAAGACUACGUGACAGUGAAAGGCGAGCGUUACGACACCAAGCGUCCGAAGGAUUCCGAAAUCCUCAAAGGCGAUGGCUCGUUCAUGGACAAGACGAUGAACCAGCAGGAGUACGUGACAGUCAAAGGCGAGCGUUACGACACCAAGCGUCCGAAGGAUUCCGAAAUCCUCAAAGGCGAUGGCUCGUUCAUGGACAAGACGAUGAACCAGCAGGAGUACGUUACAGUCAAAGGCGAGCGUUACGACACCAAGCGUCCGAAGGAUUCUGAAAUCCUCAAAGGCGAUGGCUCGUUCAUGGACAAGACAAUAAAUCAGCAAGAAUUUGUAACUGUGAAGGGAGAGCGUUACGACACCAAGCGUCCGAAGGAUUCCGAAAUCCUCAAAGGCGAUGGCUCGUUCAUGGACAAGACGAUGAACCAGCAGGAGCGAUGGCUCGUUCAUGGACAAGACGAUGAACCAGCAGGAGUACGUGACAGUAAGGGAGAGCGUUACGACACCAAGCGUCCGAAGGAUUCCGAAAUCCUCAAAGGCGAUGGCUCGUUCAUGGACAAGACGAUGAACCAGCAGGAGUACGUGACAGUCAAAGGCGAGCGUUACGACACCAAGCGUCCGAAGGAUUCCGAAAUCCUCAAAGGCGAUGGCUCGUUCAUGGACAAGACGAUGAACCAGCAUGAAUUCGUAACAGUGAAAGGAGAGCGUUACGACACCAAGCGUCCGAAGGAUUCCGAAAUCCUCAAAGGCGAUGGCUCGUUCAUGGACAAGACGAUGAACCAGCAGGAGUACGUGACAGUCAAAGGUGAGCGCUACGACACCAAGCGUCCGAAAGAUUCGGAGAUCUUCGCAGGGAGAGCGUUACGACACCAAGCGUCCGAAGGAUUCCGAAAUCCUCAAAGGCGAUGGCUCGUUCAUGGACAAGACGAUGAACCAGCAGGAGUACGUGACAGUAAAGAGCGACGACACAAGCGUCCGAAGACAAGUCGAAGGAUCCUCAAAGGCGAUGGCUCGUUCAUGGACAAGACGAUGAACCAGCAGGAGUACGUGACAGUCAAAGGCGAGCGUUACGACACCAAGCGUCCGAAGGAUUCCGAAAUCCUCAAAGGCGAUGGCUCGUUCAUGGACAAGACGAUGAACCAGCAAGAAUUUGUACACUGUGAAGGGAGAGCGUUACGACACCAAGCGUCCGAAGGAUUCCGAAAUCCUCAAAGGCGAUGGCUCGUUCAUGGACAAGACGAUGAACCAGCAGGAGUACGUGACAGCGAUGGCUCGUUCAUGGACAAGACGAUGAACCAGCAGGAGUACGUGACAGUCAAAGGCGAGCGUUACGACACCAAGCGUCCGAAGGAUUCCGAAAUCCUCAAAGGCGAUGGCUCGUUCAUGGACAAGACGAUGAACCAGCAGGAGUACGUGACAGUCAAAGGUGAGCGCUUACGACACCAAGCGUCCGAAGGAUUCGGAAAUCCUCAAAGGCGAUGGCUCGUUCAUGGACAAGACGAUGAACCAGCAAGAAUUUGUAACUGUGAAGGGAGAGCGUUACGACACCAAGCGUCCGAAGGAUUCCGAAAUCCUCAAAGGCGAUGGCUCGUUCAUGGACAAGACGAUGAACCAGCAGGAGUACGUGACAGUCAAAGGCGAGCGUUACGACACCAAGCGUCCGAAGGAUUCCGAAAUCCUCAAAGGCGAUGGCUCGUUCAUGGACAAGACGAUGAACCAGCAAGAGUAGUGACAGUCAAGGAGGCGUUACGACACCAAGCGUCCGAAGGAUUCCGAAAUCCUCAAAGGCGAUGGCUCGUUCAUGGACAAGACAAUAAAUCAGCAAGAAUUUGUAACUGUGAAGGGAGAGCGUUACGACACCAAGCGUCCGAAGGAUUCCGAAAUCCUCAAAGGCGAUGGCUCGUUCAUGGACAAGACGAUGAACCAGCAGGAGUACGUGACAGUCAAAGGCGAGCGUUACGACACCAAGCGUCCGAAGGAUUCCGAAAUCCUCAAAGGCGAUGGCUCGUUCAUGGACAAGACGAUGAACCAGCAGGAGAUUCCGAAAUCCUCAAAGGCGAUGGCUCGUUCAUGGACAAGACGAUGAACCAGCAAGAAUUUGUAACUGUGAAGGGAGAGCGUUACGACACCAAGCGUCCGAAGGAUUCCGAAAUCCUCAAAGGCGAUGGCUCGUUCAUGGACAAGACGAUGAACCAGCAGGAGUACGUGACAGUCAAAGGUGAGCGCUACGACACCAAGCGUCCGAAAGAUUCGGAGAUCUUCGCAGGUGACGGGUCCUUCACCGACAAGACAAUAAAUCAGCAAGAAUUUGUAAGUGUGAAGGGAGAGCGUUACGACACCAAGCGUCCGAAGGAUUCCGAAAUCCUCAAAGGCGAUGGCUCGUUCAUGGACAAGACGAUGAACCAGCAGGAGUACGUGACAGUCAAAGGUGAGCGCUACGACACCAAGCGUCCGAAAGAUUCGGAGAUCUUCGCAGGGAGGGGAGAGCGUUACGACACCACCCGGGUCAAAUCCUCAAAGGCGUGGCCAGACAAACCGCAGGUCUCAGUAAGGGAGCGUUACGACACCAAGCGUCCGAAGGAUUCCGAAAUCCUCAAAGGCGAUGGCUCGUUCAUGGACAAGACGAUGAACCAGCAGGAGUACGUGACAGUCAAAGGUGAGCGUUACGACACCAAGCGUCCGAAGGAUUCCGAAAUCCUCAAAGGCGAUGGCUCGUUCAUGGACAAGACAAUAAAUCAGCAAGAAUUUGUAACUGUGAAGGGAGAGCGUUACGACACCAAGCGUCCGAAGGAUUCCGAAAUCCUCAAAGGCGAUGGCUCGUUCAUGGACAAGACGAUGAACCAGCAGGAGUACGUGACAGUCAAAGGCGAGCGUUACGACACCAAGCGUCCGAAGGAUUCCGAAAUCCUCAAAGGCGAUGGCUCGUUCAUGGACAAGACGAUGAACCAGCAAGAGUACGUGUACAGUGAAAGGGAGCGUUACGACACCAAGCGUCCGAAGGAUUCCGAAAUCCUCAAAGGCGAUGGCUCGUUCAUGGACAAGACGAUGAACCAGCAGGAGUACGUGACAGUCAAAGGCGAUGGCUCGUUCAUGGACAAGACGAUGAACCAGCAGGAGUACGUGACAGUGAAAGGCGAGCGUUACGACACCAAGCGUCCGAAGGAUUCCGAAAUCCUCAAAGGCGAUGGCUCGUUCAUGGACAAGACGAUGAACCAGCAGGAGUACGUGACAGUGAAAGGGAGCGUUACGACACCAAGCGUCCGAAGGAUUCCGAAAUCCUCAAAGGCGAUGGCAACAAAAGGUCGAAAUCCUCAAAGGCGAUGGCUCGUUCAUGGACAAGACGAUGAACCAGCAGGAGUACGUGACAGUGAAAGGCGAGCGUUACGACACCAAGCGUCCGAAGGAUUCCGAAAUCCUCAAAGGCGAUGGCUCGUUCAUGGACAAGACGAUGAACCAGCAGGAGUACGUGACAGUCAAAGGCGAGCGUUACGACACCAAGCGUCCGAAGGAUUCCGAAAUCCUCAAAGGCGAUGGCUCGUUCAUGGACAAGACGAUGAACCAGCAAGAAUAUGUAACAGUGAAGGGAGAGCGUUACGACACCAAGCGUCCGAAGGAUUCCGAAAUCCUCAAAGGCGAUGGCUCGUUCAUGAAAACGAUGACCAGCAGGAGUACGUGACGAGACCAUGA